GGAAGCGGGAUUUAAACGAAAGGCGGUGACGCCACACAAAAGAUUUCUAUAGGCUCCAGGGAGGUUACGGCCGAGGCGGCGGCGGCGGCGAGCCCGGGGGCGAGGUGCGGACGGGAAGAGGAAAAGCCUCCAGCGGCCCCUGCGGGCGGCGGCGCGGCCACGGCCGCGCUCCGAGGUGAAGCCGCGCGCGGAGAGGAAGCGGGUGUUUUCCCCGCUGCCUUUCGGCCCCCGCCCUUCCUUUCAGUUUCUCCCCGCUCGCUCGGAAGUUGGCGGUUGACAAAAAUGGCAGGAGCCGGGGCCCGGGCCGGUUGCCGCAGCGCCGCGGGGACCUUCUGAGUUGGCCCGGCCGCGGGGAGACGCGUGCGGGGGCGUCCGAUGCGCGGGGCCGGGGGCCUUGGGAGAGCUCAUCUGCUGCGGGCCCCAGACGAGGAGGCGACGGGGAUGGACUCGCGCCGACAGCCAGCGGCGGGCCGCCGGGCGCGCGGUCUGGGAGGGCGUGCCGCCGCGGCGCCGGGCCGCGCUCUGUGAACCGGCGAGGCGGGAAGGGGCCGCCGCGGCGCUCGGCACUCCCGGGCGUGGCGGGCGGGCGAAAGCUGGAGCGCGAUCGGGGCGGCCACUGUGCGCAAUCAGUGCAGGCUCCCGCCCGACUCUGACUCCGCGCGGCCGCGACAGCGGCCACACCCUCUGCCCUGCCGCCGCCGGCGCCGCUUCCCGAGAGCGGGAGGCAGGAGAUGCGCCCCGGGCGGCCGCGCGUCCCAGAGAGCCGGCCCCGGCUGCCGUCGCGGGGAAGUGCCGCCUGGCAGGGUCACGGCGCCUGAAGCCCACGUGCGCCGCCGAGCCCGAGGUGGCCUCGAGCGCGGCGGCUGACAGCAGAAGCCGCCUGAGCUGCCUCCCGCGCUCCUCCCCGAGAAAAGGAUUUUGAUUUCAAAGAAAGGAAGGAAGGACAACUCCCAGCUUCCCCGUCCCGCCCUCCGCGCUCCGAGGGCCGGGCCAGGCCAUGCCCAGGAAGGCAGCGGCGGCAGCGAACCAGCAGAAGGGACUUUCCUGGCAGCCCGGCGACGAGGAGCGCGGACAGUGAGUUUGCUCUGCCCCGGUUCAUGGUUCCUGCAAGCCCUCUAGGAGGCCGAAAGCUGCAGCCCCUCCCCUUGCCCCGAAGAACCUCCCGCGUUCGCUGGCCCUCGGGCCCACCCCGCGCCGCCCCAGAUCGCGCCGCUGCAGCCCAGUGCCCUCUGCCCGCGGCGGUGGAUGGCAUGAUGGUGCGGAGAAGGCACCGCGGCCUUGGCCAGCUGAGUCGCGACGGCCGCCGGGGCGGCGGCAGUGGCCGCGGCAGCGGCGGUGGUAGCGGGCUCCCCAGCGGCAUGCCAGUGCCCCCCGGGCGCGAUGGCUAGCGGCAGUGCUGGGAAGCCCACUGGCGAGGCGGCUUCUCCGGCUCCUGCGAGCGCCAUCGGCGGGGCGCGGAAGAGGCUGGUAUCCGUCUGCGACCACUGCAAGGGAAAGAUGCAGCUGGUGGCGGAUCUGCUGCUGCUGUCGAGCGAGGCGCGGCCCGUGCUCUUCGAGGGCCCCGCCUCCUCUGGUGCGGGCGCCGAGUCCUUCGAGCAGUGCCGAGACACCAUCAUCGCGCGCACCAAGGGGCUCUCCAUCCUCACCCAUGACGUCCAGAGCCAGCUCAACAUGGGCCGCUUCGGGGAGGCGGGGGACAGCCUGGUGGAGCUGGGCGACCUGGUGGUGUCGCUGACUGAGUGUUCGGCCCACGCGGCCUAUCUGGCUGCUGUGGCCACGCCGGGCGCGCAGCCCGCACAGCCGGGCCUGGUGGACCGCUACCGCGUGACGCGCUGCCGCCACGAGGUGGAGCAGGGCUGCGCCGUGCUGCGCGCCACGCCGCUGGCCGACAUGACGCCGCAGUUGCUGCUGGAGGUGUCGCAGGGCCUGUCGCGCAACCUCAAGUUCCUGACGGACGCGUGCGCCCUGGCCAGUGACAAGUCACGGGACCGCUUUUCGCGCGAGCAGUUCAAGCUGGGCGUCAAGUGCAUGAGCACCAGCGCGUCGGCGCUGCUGGCCUGCGUGCGCGAGGUGAAGGUGGCACCCAGCGAGCUGGCGCGCAGCCGCUGCGCGCUCUUCAGCGGGCCCCUGGUGCAGGCCGUGAGCGCCCUGGUAGGCUUCGCCACCGAGCCGCAGUUCCUGGGUCGCGCGGCAGCCGUGAGCGCCGAAGGCAAGGCGGUGCAGACCGCCAUCCUGGGAGGCGCCAUGAGCGUGGUGUCGGCCUGCGUGCUCCUGACCCAGUGCCUCAGGGAUCUGGCGCAGCACCCCGACGGGGGCGCCAAGAUGUCGGACCACAGGGAGAGGCUGAGGAACUCGGCCUGCGCCGUGUCUGAAGGCUGCACCCUGCUAUCUCAGGCUUUAAGGGAGAGGUCUUCGCCCAGGACUUUACCGCCAGUGAAUUCCAAUUCUGUGAAUUAGCACCCCCCCAUACCCCUUCUUCCACCCCAGACUAAAGGAAGAUACUCUCUGUCCCUCUCCAUUUAUACCAAAGAAAUCAUAGGUGAAACCCCCUACCCUCCCCAACGUUAAAUGCUCGAAAGGAAUCUUCCACAGGGCAGGGCCAUGCACACAACCUGCUCACGCACUGCGAGAGCCCAGGUGUGUCUGUCCACCAGCCCCCCACGCGGUAGGGACUGGAAGAUGGUGUCAUCUGCUGGCUGUGUUACCACUCCCGCCCCCUACCCCAGCCCGUCUUCCGGAAUUUCUCAACUAAAUCUUACCAUUAAUUGGGCAGGAAGGAGGUCAUGGGUUCAUUUCAUUUUCGUUGUUUUUUGUGUUUUUAAGUCAAAGAAAGGUUACCUCAGUUUUCACUCCUUAGACAUGGAUGUAGCUACCUUGUUUUGUAUGUCAUUUUUUUUAAGCAAUCGUGUUGAAUUAGGAGUAUACUUGGUGUGGAAAGAGUAUGAAUUUGCCAUGUGAUUUGCAAAUGGGGGGAAGCUACUGUGAGUGUGUGUUUUAUUUUUUAAUUUACACUAUAGAGUGAUUUUUUUUCCCCCAACGUCAAGUUUUUACCUUGCAUGUACUGGAGUAUUUAUUUCAUCUAUUAAAAUGUUAUGUUUCUCA